ACCUGCUUGAUAACGUUCUUCAACGCCAUGUUCUCAGCUAUGACAGGUUCACCCGACGUGGCGACUGAGGGUUGGUCCGGUGACGCCUCUUGCUCCAUAGCACUUCGUUGAAGCUUGAGUCGUUUUUCUAGCGAAGCAACGUUUUAUCCGCAUCUACGGUGUAGAUUAGGUUCCGCAAGUUGGGCCCUUAGAUCAUUCAUAUCACGUAAGUGUCUCUGUCGGAGCGUCUCAAUGGUCGUCUCAUGAACCGUACACUGCUUUUGCAGCACAUCGUUUUCUGUUUUCCACACCUUGUAAUCCUCCUUCAGUCUUCCGAUCCUUAUCUGAAGGAUUUCAGACAACUCCCGCAGAGCAGUUAUUGUGGUUUGUUGAACCUCAUACUUCUCCUGCUAUGUUUUGCCUGUAUCACGCUUUUUCUCAAGUUCUUUGAUCGUCGCAGCACUUGUACGAAAUUCCGUCUCCAAUCUCACCGACUCUUGCUGGAGCCGUUUGAUUGUUUGUCCACAGUUUUGAUAGUCUUCGAGCUGCUUUUCGACACUUUCUAGUGUUUCUGAUCGUUUUUCAUGCUCGUCUAACUGGCGCCUCAAACAGG